AUGACCCCAUUAACCAGAUUAGAAUGCCUGACUGGAAAAUGCUUUACGACCUGCCUUAAGACCAUUUGAUAAUGAGACAGCAAAGCCAACCGCCUUCUUUUUAGUCCAUGAAUUCCUCAUGCUCAUGUGUUUUGAUGCAAUGAAGCCACUCAAAGUACGAAACAGGUACGCCUCUUCUUUGGAACUAGUGGCUUUCUCCGAGAACUUGCAGUGCCUCUAUGCGACUUUCUCUCCAAGCUUCAAUGCCAUUGUGUAUAGCGCCCAAUGCUUUCCACGGCCUAUCUUUUCGCCCUGUCUUGUGAAUGAUAGGCCCCGGGCGAUGUUACGAAUGCUAGGAGCUUUACAGCCUUGCAUGUCAAGCUCACAACCCGGAGCUUCAGUUCUACGGACCAUACAAAGCUGACAGUGAAGGCGUGAUAGAUAUUCUCGAAAGACUGUGUAAUGGAAUGUUACAAGGUCUUGCCUGACCGUCAACGGAACAUCACCAUAAACCUAAGGAACUUCUAAGGAAGGAUGAGCGGGUCGGUCCUAACAAGCGUCAGAAGUGAAGAAGAAUUGGGAAAGUGACAGCAUGAGUUUGGGAGAGACUGGCUUUUUCUAGCGCUCAUCUAUCCAUAUUGAAAGUACUCGAUGUAAAGUGCAAAUUGAGAUUGGGCGCGACGAGAUGAGUGUUCUCGUUCAGAAGCUUGCCAAGGAAAAGGUCCAUGAAUUGAAUUCACGUGAAACUGUUUUUCUUUGGCUCAGAAUGAACUUCUUUGAAAUCUAUCCUGACGAAAUUGUUCUCUUCGCCUCCAGUUUCAAAACUGAAUUGUGAUAGUUCAUUCAACACUUGGAAACUCACCAGUGAGCAUGUCUUUUAAAAAGAAAUCCUUGGCCAAAUUGGCUAAACUGAGGAGUAAGUCUUCCCACAACAUACCUGACGAUAUCGAUAGUGACGAAACCCAAUCGUCUUUGUCCUUGCAAAAUAAGGAGAAAAGAAUGUCGUUACACAGUGGUGCUCAUUUGGAUAUCCCACUAUCCAAAGCCAAUGCAAUAUCGACACCAAAUUUGGGCAUCCAUCCCAUCCAACCAAUUCUUCACCACUUUGGGAGUAGAUCUUUGUCACGGAAUCAUUCCCUCAAAUAUCUUAAAUCUAGUCUUCACGGCAGUAAUGAUCCAUUGUCUUUCGAUCAUAACUUUGAAAAAACUGUGCCUGUGAGUGAUGGAUCGAGGCUUCGCCGACGCCUUCUCCGAAAGAAAGUGGGAGGCUCAAUCGAUAGCAACGAAUAUCCAUCGACUUCCAGCUCCGAAUCUAAAGAGUUGAACACGCCUCGUCGGGUUAAAUCACUUCGGCUUGCUCCCAUAGUUCGAUUAGAAAAUGAGAAUGGAGUUCAGGUACAAACUGCCCUGUCUCCAACGGAGGAGGUCACAUCACCUAUCAGCAUUCCUGGAACCCCAAAGACUGCACGAGUUCCCAAUGCAUAUGCAGCCAGCCGAUCCCCUUCAAUUUCUCCAACCUCCACCCAUUCGUUGAACCCGAACCCUUACGAAUCGUCAUCAGGAUUUCCACAUUCGCAAUCCAACUCCCUUGAUGAAGAUGAAAGCGACAAUAACUCCGAAGAAUUGCCCACAAUGUUUUUCACACCUCCUUUAAAUGGUGGUGUUGACAUUGAACAGGAAUUGCGGAUGAGUCGUAGAGUAUCCAUUUCAAAAUCAAGAUCAAUGAAUAGUAUUCCCUCGUCACAGGGAAGUGGUGUUGCUGGAAGUGGUCGGCCUCCAACGGCCAAAGACGCCCGGGGACGUUCAUUUCUCAUGGGAUCAAUGGGACCCACGUCCUUGUUAGGGGCAAUUGAACUAGAAAAAUGUUUUCCGGACCGCAUCGUCCGAAUCUUUGUGGGAACCUGGAAUAUGAACGGGAACUCGCCACCCAGACAUCUAGCCGAAUUUUUGCUACCUCAAAAUUUAGACUACGUCCCGGAUAUCAUGGUUGUUGGCACUCAAGAGGGAUUUCCAGAUCGGCAUGAAUGGGAAGUACGCCUUCAAGACACCCUCGGCCCAACUCACGUCCUCUAUCACUCUUACUCACUGGGCACCCUUCAUCAGGCUAUUUUUUUGAGACGAGACCUGAUCUGGUAUUGCUCUGUGCCUGAGACUGAAAGUAUCAACACUCGCCCUGGAUCCCAAUUUAAGACCAAAGGGGCCGUUGCUACAGGUUUCCUUUUGUUUGGAACAUCAUUUUUGUUCGUUAAUUCACACUUGACUGCGCAUGAGGAAAACAUCAAAGAUCGAAUCAAGGAUUUAAAGCGAAUCAACGCGAUGCUAAGCUUAUCGAAGACGCUACCUCUCCGCGCGGCUCGUCAUAAGGAUAUUUCGGAUAAAUUUGAUUGCGUAUUCUGGUGUGGGGAUCUGAAUUUCAGAAUCGAACAGAACCGUGAUUAUGUGAUCCGCGAAGUCCAAGAUGGAAUGUCGGUGCUGGAGUUCGAUCAGCUAAACUACCUCCGAAAGGAAGGACUCGUUUUCCAAGGUUACAAGGAGUGUUCCAUUAGCUUUCAGCCCACGUUCAAGUACGACGUUGGAACGGACACAUUUGACACCUCGCAUAAGCAAAGGACUCCUUCUUACACGGAUCGAAUUCUCUUCAAGCAUAGCCAAGCCACUCAUUUGAAGUCUUUGUAUUAUGAUAGCGUUCAAGGAGUCCUAACUUCAGAUCAUAAACCCGUAUGGGGUAUGUGGGAAGCCCAAAUUCGUCCAGGUCGCGAUUCCAUUGCUUUGGCGGGAGGAUUGUUUAACCGCGAAGUCUACUUGGAUGGACUUAAAAGGAGAGCAGAGGCUUUGCAGCCUGUUCUCUCAGGAAAAAAUUCAAGUCAUAUGUGCAAUCUGCAAUAAAGUUUGCUUAAAAAUGAUUUAAAAUUUAUGAGUUGAAUUUGUUCAGCAUGGCCCAAAGUCUGAAAAGCUAG